UCCGCGGCUAGGCGUGAUCGCUUGCGGCGCCCCGGAGCUGCCCGACUGGUCCGGGGUAGGCGGGCGGGGAGCGGGACGCUGCGCUCUCUGGCCGCUCCCCGUCGCGCCCGCUCCCUCGCAGCCACGCGGGGCGCGCACUCCCACUCCCUCCGCGCGCGGCUCCGGGGCGCAAUGGACGCGGCGCUGCUUCACAGCCUGCUGGAGGCCAACUGCAGCCUGGCGCUGGCCGAAGAGCUGCUCCUUGACGGCUGGGGGCUGCCCCCGGACCCCGAGGGUUCCUACUCCUACUGCAACACGACCUUGGACCAGAUUGGAACCUGCUGGCCCCAGAGCACGCCCGGAGCCCUAGUGGAGAGACCGUGUCCCGAGUACUUCAAUGGCAUCAAAUACAACACGACCCGCAAUGCCUACCGAGAAUGCUUGGAGAAUGGGACGUGGGCCUCAAGGAUCAACUACUCACACUGUGAACCCAUUUUGGACGACAAGCAGAGGAAGUAUGACCUGCAUUACCGAAUCGCCCUCAUUGUCAACUACCUAGGCCACUGUUUUUCCGUGGUGGCCCUAGUGGCCGCUUUCCUGCUCUUCCUGUUCCUGCGGAGCAUUCGCUGCCUGCGGAAUGUGAUCCACUGGAACCUCAUCACCACCUUCAUCCUGAGGAACGUCACGUGGUUCCUGCUGCAGCUGAUUGACCACGAAGUUCACGAAGGCAAUGAGGUCUGGUGCCGCUGUAUCACCACCAUCUUUAACUACUUCGUGGUCACCAACUUCUUCUGGAUGUUUGUGGAGGGCUGCUACCUGCACACUGCCAUCGUCCUGACGUACUCCACGGAGCACCUGCGCAAGUGGCUCUUCCUCUUCAUUGGAUGGUGCAUCCCCUGCCCAAUCAUCAUCGCCUGGGCACUCGGCAAACUCUACUAUGAGAAUGAACAGUGCUGGUUUGGCAAGGAACCUGGUGACUUGGUGGACUACAUCUACCAGGGCCCCAUCAUCCUCGUGCUCUUGAUCAAUUUUAUAUUCCUCUUCAACAUCGUCAGGAUCCUGAUGACAAAAUUACGAGCAUCAACCACAUCCGAGACAAUCCAGUACAGGAAGGCAGUGAAGGCCACCCUGGUCCUCCUCCCCCUGCUGGGCAUCACCUACAUGCUCUUCUUUGUCAACCCUGGGGAGGACGACCUGUCACAGAUUGUGUUCAUCUAUUUCAACUCGUUCCUGCAGUCUUUCCAGGGUUUCUUUGUGUCUGUCUUCUAUUGCUUCUUCAAUGGAGAGGUGCGCUCAGCCCUGAGGAAGAGAUGGCACCGCUGGCAGGACCAUCACUCCCUCCGAGUGCCUGUGGCCCGGGCCAUGUCCAUCCCCACAUCCCCCACCAGGAUCAGCUUCCACAGCAUCAAGCAAACAGCUGCCGUGUGACCCUCUGUCGUCUCUCUGUCGUCACUGCACCACUGAGGCAGCUUCCCCAUCCUCUACAGCCUUCCCCUGGGUCCUCCUUGCUCCACUGGCCCUUGGGGUGCAGGAGAAGGAGAGGAGAGAUCAACUCUCCAGUCUGGAAGGAAAGGAAAGCUAUGGAAGGGGGCUCCAAAGGACUAGGGCCCGGGGCAGCCACACGUCUACAAGCAAGAGGGAGCAGAGGAACAUGGCGGGCCCCCUCACUUCACCACAUCUUUGCACACCUGGCCUCUCCUGCGAAUCCUCACUGAAGCACCAUUUAUAUAGGAAAAAAACCGAGGUGCGGAGCAGGCAAGGGCUGGCCAAGUCACCCAGUUACUUGGACCACCCUCAGCACCUACAGUUGGCUCUGCUUCUGGUUCCACACUUAUGGUGCCCUCCCUUGAGGGUGCCCUCUGGAGGUGGGGGAGGCAAGAAUUAACUUAUCUGGCUUCAUGGCAGAGACUGUCUAGCAGAGAAGCCUCCCUCCUCAGAAGCAACCCUUCACCAAGCUGCCGCUCCGCUCUUUUCCCAGUCCUCCUGCCCCUGUGUCUCUAGGAGAGUGCUCAGUCUGCUGUCCUUCCUGGGAAACA